CCCUCAAAACACUCGUUUGUCUCUGCCUGUCCUCCAUCAGGUUCUCUGAGCUGAAACAUGAGCACUUUUGUGACUCUCUCGUCGGGGCAGAGGAUGCCUAUGGUUGGAAUCGGCACGUGGAAGAGUGCUCCAGGUCAGGUGAAGCGGGCAGUGCUGGCAGCUUUAGACUGUGGCUACAGACACAUAGACUGUGCAGCUGCGUAUGGCAAUGAGCAGGAGGUUGGAGAGGCUCUGGCUCUUUGGCUGGGUGCUGGAAAGGCUCUGCGGCGGGACGAGGUGUUUGUGACAUCCAAACUUUGGAACACUAAGCAUGACCCAGAGGAUGUUGAGGACACAUGUAGGACCUGUCUGGCCCACCUGGGUCUCUCCUACCUGGAUCUUUACCUCAUGCACUGGCCCAUGGCCUUUAAGCGGGGGAAGGAGCUAAUGCCUCGACAAGACGAUGGGAGUAUUUGCUACUCUGAUACACACUACAGAGAUACUUGGAAGGCCAUGGAGAACCUUGUAGAUGAAGGUCUCGUUAAGGCUAUAGGGCUAUCCAACUUCAACGCAAGGCAGAUUGAUGACAUCAUGAGCAUUGCCAGACACAAACCUGUGGUGAACCAGGUCGAGUGCCACCCUUAUUUAUCUCAAGUAGACCUCCUGUCACACUGUCGGUCUUUAGCAAUUUGUGUGACAGCUUAUAGUCCUCUAGGCAGCAGAGACAGACCCUGGACUUCUCCUGAUGAGCCUAGUCUGCUUGAAGACCUGCGACUUGGAGCCAUCGCCGAGAGAUACCAGAAAUCUCCCGCUCAGGUGAUACUCAGGUGGCAGGUCCAGAGGGGUGUGGUGUGUAUCCCCAAAAGUGUGACUGCCUCCAGGAUCAAGGAGAAUUUAAAGGUGUUUGAUUUUUCCUUGUCAGAAGAGGACAUGAAGCUGAUCGACUCCUUUAACCACAACACACGUUUUAUUGUUCCAACAGUGGAGAAGGACGGCAAGAGAGUGUGGAGGGAUGCAGAACAUCCUCAUUUUCCCUUCCAUGAUCCAUACUGAGCCAUACUUUAAAGAUGAAAAAUAAAAGAAACUGAACCUCAA